AUGUCGAAAGCUCAAAAAUGUCGAGUUCAUCCGAGUUUUCCCACCAACACGGUAACAUCUCUGGGAAAAGCAGUGGCAGUGCACCCUGCAAAGUGCAAGCUACUCCACUUUUGGACGUUAGAUAGGGCAGUCGAUCUGCCCGUCGCUACCGAGCCACCGGUCGGUCGUCCAACAAAGCAUCCGAGCACCUAUAAAUUGAACCACGAGCCCACGGCACGACGGCACGUCCACCGGCCGACCGCACAGUGCAUCACAAAGCCCGGCCAGUUCACCCCGAUCAUCAUCCACCCACCAAUGGCUCGACGCCGGAGCGGCGGCAUCUCGUUCUCGCCCGCGCUGAGCCUGGGGCUCGCCGUGCUGGCCGUCACAUGGGCGGCGUCCACGGCACAGCAGCAGCAGCAGCAGCCGCCGGCCGUGCCGACCGUGAGCGUGCCGAGCUGCCCGCCGGUGCAGGCCUCGCUGUCGCCGUGCGUGAGCUACUUCAUCGGCAACUCCUCGUCGCCGUCCGACGCGUGCUGCGUCCAGAUGCGGGCCCUGUUCCAGUCGCAGGCGCCCUGCCUCUGCGCCGCCGUGUCCGCCGUGCCCGCCCAGCUCGGGUCCGUGGUCGGCGGCCUGCUCCCCACCGCGUGCAACCUGCCCCCCAACGCCUGCUCUGCCGUGACAGGGACCUCGGGCUCUGCUCCGGCCGGUGGCGCAGCGGCGCCGUCGUCGUCGGGGACGCCUACUGAUGCUGCUGCGGCUGCGCCGGCGACCGGUCCCGCUGAUGCGAACCCGGCUGGCACGCCUUCCGGUGGUGGGGUGAAGUCGGUUCCGGGGACGGUUGAUUCGGCCGCCGAGUGCAAGGGGACCUCUGCUGCCGUCGCGGUCCUCCUGGCCAUGGCUGCCUCGUUCCUAGCUGCUUCUGUUUUCUGAUCUCGUUAUGUGAUCCGGGGCUUGUUUGUGAGUUUGUGACUCGAUUAGAUGGAUGUGCCGCCUGUUAUUUACGGAGUAUCAGUGAGUCUGUCAUUGAUUUGCUCCACUGCACAUCAGCAUUGUGACUUCUCUUUAAUCGAUCAUUACCCCCAAUUCACAUCA